AUGCAUAAUCUUUUCCUGGGGGAUUUGGCACAUCACGUUCAGCGUGUCCUAGGCAUCGAUGCUGAUGCUCAGCCACCAGGAGAGGAGCAUGUCCGGCCCCACAUCCCAGAAGAACAACAGGCUCAGCUUGAUGGCGUCAUUGAUGCACUCAAAAAAGGCUCAAGAACAGGUCUCAUGCGCUUCCGCAGGGGAUACAUUGCGUCCCUGGCACUGGCUAACAAUGUUACCCCACGCAUAAAUUUGAAUGUCAAUUCCGCCAGAUGUGUGGAGAGAGCGAGGACUCCAAAGUCAUUUUACGUUGAUGCACUGCUUGAGUGGUGCAAAACACAUCCGCAGGUUGAAAUCCGCUGUCCUCCUGUGCUUCCUCAUCCAAUCACUGAUUUUUCUACCGCAUCAGCCAAGACUUCCAAUCCUGCCAUCCUCCACAGAGGAAUUUUGCGCAAGACAACUAUGCCUUCAUGGUUGAAACGCGCACCCGCAAAUUUUGGCAGUGCCUCCCAUGGCAAAAUCAAAGCUAACCAAUGGCGCACUGUCUGCUUGGUCAACCUUACUCAUACUCAGCUUGUAGAUAACUACUACAUGUAUUAUCUGAAGACCGCCAUCAAGUUAUUUGGAGAAAACGCAAUGCGCACCAAUAACAACCAUGCAACUCAGCACUUAUUGGAGUGCUUACGUUCAUUUGGGCCUGUGCAUGGCUGGUGGGCCUUUCCUUUUGAACGCUUCAAUGGAAUCAUACAGCGAACCAGAACCAAUCGCCGACUUGGAGGGCAAAUGGAACGAUCGUUCAUGAAGUCAUUCUGUAGAGGAAGCAACCUCAGAGCUUCCCUUACGCACGACAGCUUACCUGAGGCCAUCGCAGAUUUGCAACACAUCGCACUGGAUUAUUUCGGUGCAGAUUUCAGGGGAACUUUACAUCAGGAUCUGAGCGCCAUGGCAUUUAGCGUCGAUGGCCCCAAAUCACCAGCGCAGACAACAAAGAAACGCAUCAAGCUGUCCCCUGAUGUGUACUCAAGUCUCAUUUCACGUCUCAACGCCUUGGAUGAAGGCAUGCAAUACCAGCACUAUGACAAGCCUGCAGUCUCUCAGUAUCUUCAAGUGGAACCGCACGCUGUGCCUAAGAGGUCUAUCAAGUUCAAAGGCGUGAACCUCACUCCUGCAUGGCGGCAUGUUGGCAAUAGCCAGGUCCUGUUGUGCCCAACUGCAGGAAGCUCGAUUUCGUGUGCAGCGCAGAUUCAGAAGAUAUUUCUGCAUACAUGCCCUGGCAGAGGAUCAAACGUAACUGAUACCUUCUGUGUUGUCAGGUGGUACAGAGAGCUCAGUGAUGCGCAGGCUGCCCUGGAUCCCUAUCAACAAUUUGCAGCAAUGGAUGUCCGGUUGUGCCUGGAUGAUUUCGAACCUGAUGAAUUGGUUGUUUUAAGCAUUGACAUCAUUAGCCACUUUGCUAGCUGUCCUACAGAGAUUGAGGGUCUGGAUGAACGCUGUCGUGUGGUACUUUCACUUGAUAGGGUAUGA